CGGAGAAUCACAGCAGCCGUGGCCGAGCUGCGGAGGGUAAAUACGAGACUGGGAAUAUCGCUACAUUUUCGGCUGACUAUAUGAAAAAAUCCUCAACGAAUUCGGAGCCUUUAUUUUUAUCUGAACUUAUAAAAGGAUGUAUUUCUACUAGAAGACCAACUUGAAACGCUGGAAACGUUUCCACCGAAAUGGAAGGGAAUAUUCCAUGGAUUAUUUUUUCAUUUUUAUUGUUUAUGCACAUCUGCGAAGGGUUCCGUUGCAUGGAUAAAUACAGACCUUGUGAAAAUGGAGGGACAUGCUUAGAUUCACCACCACGAUGCAUAUGUCGCCCUGGAUUCAUUGGUCCUCUCUGUCAGCAACUGGAUCCCUGUCAUCGGUCCCCGUGUCUGAAUGGAGCAGCUUGCAAGAGUCAGGUGGUCAAUGGUGUCCCACAAUACACCUGUGUGUGCCAGAGAGGGUUCAGAGGCCAAGACUGCUCUCUCAUUGAUGCCUGUGCCACAAGUCCAUGUGCCAAUGGGGCACGUUGUGCCAAUUGGAAUAACCACUACAACUGUUCCUGCCCACCUGGCUUCCAGGGAAAGAACUGCCGCAAUGACAUUGACGAGUGCCGCAAGCCUGGCAUUUGCCUAAAUGGUGGCCUCUGCAUUAACACCCAUGGGUCCUUCCGCUGCCAAUGCCAACCUGGAUACAGCGGACGCACAUGUGAGGUGUCCACCCUUCCUUGUGCCCCAUCUCAGUGCCUUAAUGGGGGUACCUGUCGACAGACCAGCGACCAUUCCUACGAGUGUGCUUGCCUUCCAGGUUUUGAGGGACACAACUGUGAGAAUAAUGUAGAUGACUGUCCAGGUCACAAGUGUAUGAAUGGUGGAAUUUGUGUUGACGGAGUCAACACCUAUAAUUGCCAGUGUCCACCAGAAUGGACAGGGCAAUUCUGUGCUGAGGAUGUCAACGAGUGUCUCAUGCAACCAAAUGCCUGCCAUAAUGGGGGUACAUGCUUCAACACCAUUGGUGGUCAUACCUGUGUCUGCGUUAAUGGUUGGACUGGAGAUGACUGCAGUGAGAACAUUGAUGAUUGUGCCAUAGCUGUAUGUUUUAAUGGUGCCACCUGUCAUGACCGUGUAGCAUCUUUCUUCUGUGAGUGCCCUGUGGGAAAAACUGGUUUGCUGUGCCACCUUGACGAUGCGUGUGUGAGUAAUCCCUGCAAUGAAGGGGCAGUGUGUGACACUAAUCCACUAAAUGGGCGUGCCAUUUGUACCUGUCCUGCUGGCUUUGUUGGAGGUGCCUGCAACCAGGACAUGGAUGAGUGUUCAAUAGGUGCCAACCCCUGUGAACAUUUUGGAAAAUGUGUAAACACAGAGGGUUCCUUUCAGUGUCAGUGUGGUCGUGGAUAUGCAGGCCCACGCUGUGAGAUUGACAUCAAUGAAUGUCUGUCCAUGCCUUGCCAGAAUGAUGCUACUUGCCUGGAUCGCAUUGGGGAAUUCACAUGCAUCUGCAUGCCAGGCUACAUGGGGACUUACUGCGAGAUUGAUGUUGAUGACUGUGAGAGCAAUCCAUGUGUGAAUGAUGGCAUCUGCCGGGACAUGGUCAACGGCUUCACAUGCACCUGCCAGCCAGGGUUUACUGGCACCAUGUGUCAGAUCGACAUAGAUGAGUGCGCCAGCACGCCCUGCCAGAAUGGAGCAAAAUGCUAUGACCGGCCAAAUGGGUUUGAGUGUCGCUGUGCUGAAGGUUAUGAAGGGACCCUGUGUGAGAGUAACAUCAACAACUGUCAGCCUGACCCCUGCCACCAUGGUACUUGUAUAGAUGGCAUUGCCAGCUACACCUGUAACUGCGACGCUGGCUAUACAGGCUAUCGCUGUGAGAACCAGCUCAAUGAGUGCCACAGCAACCCAUGUCAGAACGGAGGCAAGUGUGUGGACUUGGUCAACAAGUACAUCUGCCAGUGCCAACAUGGAACCUCAGGCAUGAACUGUGAGAUAAACUUUGACGAUUGUGCCAGCAACCCAUGUGAUUAUGGCAUCUGCAAAGAUGGAAUCAACCGUUAUGACUGUGUUUGCAAACCUGGUUUCACUGGUCCCAAAUGCAAUGUGGAAAUAGACGAGUGUGCGUCUAGCCCCUGUAGAAAUGGGGGUACAUGUGUAGAUGAAGAGAAUGGAUUCCACUGCCAGUGUCCUGAGGGCUUUAAGCCGCCCUACUGCUACUCACAGGUGGAUGAGUGUGGCAGCAGCCCCUGUGUCCAUGGCUCAUGCAGGGAUGACAUAAAUGGAUACCGCUGUGAUUGUGAGCCAGGGUGGGUGGGAAAGAACUGCGACCUUGAUAGAAAUGAUUGUUUGCCAAGUCCCUGCCAGAAUGCUGGCACAUGCAUUGAUCAGCUCAAUGGCUUUACCUGCAAGUGUCGUCAAGGUUUCAGAGGUAACCUCUGCCAGGUAAACAUCAAUGAAUGUGCUUCAAGUCCCUGUUUAAACAAGGGUACCUGUGUGGAUGGUGUGGCAAGUUUCACCUGCAUCUGCGAGCUUCCCUACAGUGGACCCACUUGUGCUGAGGUCCUUACUCCUUGUUCCCCUAAUCCCUGUGCCAAUCAUGCCAUCUGCAAGCACACACCGGACUACUUGGGUUAUCAGUGUAACUGCCAGCAAGGGUGGCAAGGUCAACUGUGCAACAUUGAUGUGAAUGAAUGCAUAUCAAACCCGUGCAAAAACCGUGGGACAUGUACUAACACACUUGGGGACUUCUCGUGCUCCUGCAGAGCUGGAUACACUGGGCUUACCUGUGAAACAGACAUCAAUGACUGUACCCCUAACCCAUGCCUAAAUGGAGGUUCCUGCACAGAUGGUGUAAACUCCUUCCAUUGUAGCUGCCUGCCAGGUUUCACUGGUCCCCGCUGUGCUUUAGAGAUCAACGAAUGCCAAAGUUCCCCUUGCAAAAAUGGAGGAGCAUGCACAGACUAUGUGAACUCUUACACCUGCACCUGUAGACCUGGCUAUACUGGCAUCCACUGUGAAACCAACAUCCCUGACUGCACUGAGAGUUCUUGCUUCAAUGGAGGAACCUGCACAGAUAAAAUCAAUGGGUACUCAUGUACCUGUCGUUCAGGCUUCACUGGUUCCCACUGUCAGUAUGAAGUCAACGAGUGUGACUCCCAGCCCUGCCUCAAUGGAGGUAUCUGCCAAGAUGCACUGGAGUCCUUCCGUUGCUCAUGUCCAAAGGGCUACACAGGCAACCGCUGUCAGACACCAGUGGACUGGUGCAGACGUUCAUCUCCUUGCCAAAAUGGAGGACGUUGUCGACAAAAGGAUGCUACUUUCAUCUGUGACUGUACUGAUGGCUGGUCUGGACGUUAUUGUGACAUCCCAAGGGUCUCUUGUGAGACAGCAGCACGCCAGAGAGGACUCCAGACAGAUGAGCUUUGCCACCAUGGUGGCCACUGUGUCAACUCUGGGAAUGCCCAUUUUUGUAAAUGUCCUUCCGACUACACUGGAAGCUAUUGUGAAAGCCAAGUGGACCACUGUGAAGACAAACCUUGCCGCAAUGGCGCCACCUGCAGGGGAUAUGUUGGAGGUUACCAGUGUGAUUGCAUGCCAGGUUUUACUGGGCAGAACUGCGAGAUAGAGAUCAAUGAGUGCCAGUCUCAUCCCUGCCAGAAUGGCGGCACCUGCAUUGAUCUAGUGGGACGUUACAUCUGUUCCUGUCCCCCUGGCACACUAGGUGUUCUUUGUGAGAUCAAUGAAGAUGACUGCGCUCCACCCCUAAGACCCCGUAGUGCCCCUCCUAAGUGCCUGAACAAUGGCACCUGUGUCGACAGAGUAGGUGGAUACCGCUGUAAUUGUCCCCCUGGAUUCACAGGAGAAAGGUGUGAGGGGGACAUAAACGAGUGUCUCUCUAACCCCUGCAGUCCUGCCAACAGUCUAGAUUGCAUCCAAUUGCCAAAUGACUACCAAUGUGUCUGCAAGCCCGGAUUCACAGGUCGGAGGUGUCAGAGCAGGUACAGUGUAUGUGAGUCUCAGCCUUGUCAGAACGGAGGUGCAUGCUCUGUAUCCAGCAGCUCUGCAGUGGGAUACAUCUGCACAUGUCAACUUGGAUAUACUGGGUCAAACUGUGAAAGAAGUAUGUCCUGUCGGGAGCUGUCCUGCUACAAUGGAGGGAGCUGUGCACUCACUACAAGGGGAGCGCGUUGCACCUGCGUACCUGGUUACGGCGGGCCCCAGUGUCAGCAUCGCAGCAACGAAGGCUGUUCUUCCCAGCCUUGCCGUAAUGGAGGGUUAUGUACUGAAGAGACUAGUUUUCCGUUCUUCCAUUGCCAGUGUGCCAGUGGUUGGACGGGUAAGCGAUGUGAGCAGAGCAGCGGGAACCCUGAGCUCUCAACACCCUCGUGCCCCCUUGCAGACUGUCACAGCAAAGCCAAUGAUGGUGUUUGUGACAAGGAAUGCAACACAUUUGCCUGUCGUUGGGAUGGUGGUGACUGCUCUCUUGCAGUUAAUCCUUGGGCACGUUGUGCAGACCCUCGCUGCUGGCGUGUCUUCAACAAUAGCCAGUGUGAUGAAUCCUGCAACAAUGCUGACUGCCUCUAUGACAACUUUGACUGCAAAAGCAAGGAAAAAGUGUGCAACCCCAUAUAUGAAACUUACUGUAUUGAUCACUAUGCUGAUGGACGAUGUGACCAGGGCUGUAACUCAGAGGAGUGUGGCUGGGAUGGCUUGGACUGUGCAAAGAAUGUUCCAGAAGACCUCGCUGAUGGCUCUUUAGUGUUGGUGGUCCUUCUGCCUCCAGAGGAGCUUCUCCGCACCAGCACAGCUUUUCUGCAAAAAUUAAGUGCUAUCCUACACACAUCAUUGCGCUUCCGUCUGGACCGCAACGGUGAAGCUAUGAUCCGCCCCUACACCCGCAGAGAAGCACGCCUAAAGCGUGAGCUACAACCUCAGCAGGAGGUCAUUGGCUCCAUAGUGUACCUGGAAAUAGAUAACCGACUGUGCUCCCAGGACCAUGAGGACUGCUUCCCCACAGCAGAUAGUGCUGCAGACUAUCUAGGUGCCCUGUCAGCUGUGGAAAUGCUUCGCUUUCCUUAUCCUCUCAAAGAAGCCCGUGGCGAAAGGAUUCCACCCGAUUUCAUCAUACCUGAAUGGGGAAAGCUGAUGCUGGUGAUGAUAGCCUUUUUUUUUGUGUUGAUCAUCCUUGUGAUUGGCAUGUUGAUUGCCCGUAGAAAGAGAGAGCAUAGUACCCUUUGGUUCCCUGAAGGCUUCUUCCUUAAGAAGGAGCCCAGCAGCAACAAAAACCGCAGGGAACCUGUGGGCCAGGAUGCUCUGGGAAUGAAGCACAUGACAAAAACUGUUGAAGAAUCCCUCCUUGGAGACCACAGCGACCAGUGGAUGGAUUCAGACUGCCCUGAGGCAAAAAGGCUAAAGGUUGAGGAGCCCAGUAUGCUUUCAGACAGUGAAGAUGCAGUGGACAGCAGGCAGUGGACGCAGCAUCACCUUGCUGCCGCAGACAUUCGUGUGCCUCCAACUAUGGCGCUCACACCACCACAAGGAGAGUUUGAAAGUGACUGUAUGGAUGUUAACGUCAGAGGUCCAGAUGGUUUCACACCUCUCAUGCUGGCAUCAUUCUGUGGAGGCGGUUUAGAGCCUGAGAUAACAGAAGAGGAAGAAAAUGAGGAGUGCUCAGCCAAUAUAAUCUCAGACCUGAUCUACCAGGGCGCGUCCCUUGCUGCACAAACAGACCGCACUGGUGAGACAGCACUUCACCUGGCUGCCCGCUAUGCUCGUGCUGAUGCUGCUAAAAGACUGCUGGAUGCUGGGGCAGAUGCCAACGCUCAAGACAACACAGGACGAACGCCACUACAUGCUGCAGUGGCAGCUGAUGCACAGGGUGUCUUCCAGAUUCUGAUUAGAAAUCGGGCUACAGAUCUAGACUCUCGCAUGUAUGAUGGCUCCACUGCAUUGAUCCUAGCAGCACGGCUAGCAGUUGAAGGCAUGGUAGAGGAACUCAUCACUUGUCAUGCUGAUGUCAACGCAGUUGAUGAACUGGGUAAAUCUGCCUUGCACUGGGCUGCAGCCGUAAACAAUGUGGAUGCCACUGUUGCCCUGCUGAAAAAUGGUGCAAACAAAGAUAUGCAAGAUCUCAAGGAGGAGACUCCGCUAUUCCUUGCUGCACGUGAGGGAAGCUGUGAAGCAGUGAGGGUGCUGCUGGCUCACUUUGCAAACCGAGAGAUCACAGACCACAUGGACAGGUUGCCAAGGGAUAUUGCCCAGGAGCGCAUGCACCACGACAUUGUUCAGCUUCUCGAUGAAUACAACACAGUAAGGAGCCCCCAGGGUCACGGAGGGGCUGGACACCACCUCACAGGGGGGCAUACUCUGUCUCCUCUCAUGUGCCCACCCAGUGCCUUCCUUCCAAGUUUGAAAAACACCCCACAGGGCAAAAAGAACCGUCGUCCUGGAGCCAAGGGUUCAAGCCUCGGAGGCCAACAUGCUGCCAGUCUGAAGGAGUCAGUCAAGGCCCGCAAUAAGAAGCUAACCUUGGACAUGCAGAGUGCCUUACUGGAGAGCUCAGUUACACUGUCCCCAGUCGACUCUCUGGACUCACCCCAUGGGGGAGCUAGCAAUGCUGGCUACAUCACAAACCCAACUUCCCCUGUGGCAAUGCCAUCACCAGGGCUCUUUCACUCCUCUAUGUCAGUCCCAAACACCCCAAUGGUACACAGUAGCAUGCUGGAGGGAGGAGGCCCCUUUGCCGUUUCUUUAGCACAACUAAACGACCUUGGAGCUGGAGGAAUGUCAUUGCAGGGUCGUGUCUCCAUGGCCUCAGAUGUCAACCAUGGCUAUGUGCUGAGUUCAGGGCAGAUGGGGAUCAACAUGGGGAUGGUCAGUCCUGUCAGUGUGCCCUUUGAUUGGCACAGUCGAAUGCCCAGCUCCUCCCAGUGUGGUCAGCAAGUUGUGAAUCUUGUGCAGAGUAGCCAGGCAGGCAUGCAUCCACAGAGCCCAGCCAUGCAGCAGCAGAACAUGCUAAUGCACCAGCAGCAGAUCUUCCAUAAUCCUAUGCUACAGCCCACCCCUGUAACCUCCACACCCACUAUCAGCCCUGUGAAAAUGCCCACAAUUGCUGAGCAGCAGAAACAACAGCAGCAGCAGCUUAUCAACCACUCCAUGACCAGCCAGCAAAGCAUGGCCCGGAUGGGUACCUCCACACCACCAACACCCCAGACGUCCCAGCCCCCACCUUCCUUCUUCCAGCAGCAGCAGAUGCCUCAGCAACCCUCUCAGCCCCAGCCGCCUCCUCAGCCCACACAGGCAUCUACACCAACAGCCCAGCCCACUCAGGCUCUUCCUCCUCAGCCUAGUGGUAGCACGACAGGAACAGAGGAUUACCCCACCCCUCCCUCCCAGCACAGCUACUCAUCUGCACUUGAUGCCACGCCGAAGCAUUACCUCCAUCUGCCCAGUGAGCACCCCUACUUGACCCCAUCUCCAGAGUCUCCCGAGCCCUGGUCCAGCCCUUCCCCUCACUGUGUCUCUGAUUGGUCGGAUUCCACACCUAGCCCAGCAGUUGCUGGUCCUGCCCAGACCCAAAUUACUCAAAUCCCAGAGGCCAAUGGCAAGAUGCAGGUGUUUGCAUGAAGAUCUCAUGGGCCCUGCUUGAAAAGGGACCUGGGGUAAAAGAAUUUGCUGACUGGCUCUUGGGCUUGUCUGUGUUUAUAUGUGUCAGCCUGUUUCCAAGAUUUUCAUUGGAUUUGGAUUGACUAUGUUUAUCAAGAGGACCGUCUGCUAGUGAUUACUGCAGAGAAAAAAAGUAAAGGGAAAUGUGUGUUGUCUGAAACAGCAGACAAUUUAAUGAAGUAAUUCUGUCACAGAUGGACUUGUUUUUUAUUAUAAAAGAAGUAUAUGAAGAAACCAAGUCUUUCAUUUCAAAGACUUCGGGAUGCUCUCUUUAAACUAACAAACAUUUUAAAAAGUAGAUUUAAAAAGUUAAAUGUUGAAGGGAAUUGUUUUAUUUUUAUUUAUUAUUUUCUCUCUGACCUGCUUUUGUAGAUGUUUUUCCCAUUUCUGUUUGAACUUGUCACAUAAUAUCCCAACUCGUAUAUGGACCACCACUAUUUUUUUAUUCAACCAGUGUGUCAAGUGAUUGUAAAGGAAUAUAAUUCAUUACUCAGAAUGGAGAGAGGACUCUUCGCCUACUCUGACUGAUAUUUAAAACAGCUGGCAAGGAUAAACUGGUUAUAGCAAAUACAGAGAAAUGUUCAGUGGUAGUGACAUAUUUUGAUUUGAUUACACUGUGGUGAUGGAUCACUUUUCAUAUGAGUAUUAUGAAUGAGAAUGUAGAUGAGUGUCUCUAAAGCACUUCAACUGACUGGCCAUAAAUGGCAGUCAUGAGUGAAACUAGUUUGAAUACAAUUAAUAUUUAUGUUAUUUUGGCAACAUUUUUUAUGGCUUUUCAAAAAACGUCAGCAGAGUUGUUGCUGUAAUGCCCUCAUUCCAGCUGUAGUUCCUCACUGACUCUAUUGGACUGUUACCAGUCGGACUGUUAGCAAUGAUGCUGCCUUGUUGAACUGAGCUGUCAUCCACUUUAAGAAACUGUUUCAGAAUAUUAUUUUGCUUAAAAAUCAGCAGUUCACUGCCCUUUUACCCUUGUUUACUUUUUAUGUUUUAUCUGUUUUAUACUCUGUAUAUUUGUGCAAACCAUGGAUACCUUUCUUAACAUCACUCCAGAUGUACUAAGCUAUGCUUAUCAGCUGCUAUUUUAUACCACUCUUCCCUGCAUUCCUCCAUAUCAUCUGUCUUGUGUGAAGAUGUGCCUUUUCAACAUCAAGUACAGAGCAGAAGCAGAUGCACACAGGUUGAAGUUUCUUCCCUUGAGUCUGCAUCAUGUAUUUUUGUGUAUUAAACAGAAAAAAAUUAUCAGUGACAGUGUAAGUUUUGUUGACACUCGUGUUGUCUUUGGAGGAGUAUUGGUCAGUGUGCAGCUGCUGGACUGUGACUGCUUUUGCCCUGUCACUCCUCAGGGAGGUGUUUAAUGGCAUGUAGUGGAACUGUUUCUGCUGCAUCAACAGUAGCCUCCAGUCCAGAGGUAAAGAGUUUCAUCUUUAGAUGGUUGUUUAAAGAGAAUGAAGGAAAAACACUACUAUGUAGUGUGGCACUCUUUCAACUUUUUACAACAUUUUGUGAUGACACUCAGAUAUCAAGCUCACACCCUCUGUUCUAUCUGACCUACUCUUCAUAACAACCACCUGAGUACGUUACGUCUCUACCAUACUAAUGGUAUCAUAUCAUAAUGGUUACUGAUAAUAGGUGGAUUAUAAGAAAGUACGUUUUUAAUUUUCAUCUUGGGGCACCAUGAACAGAAAUGAGAAGGCCAUCACUUUUACUUACUACUAUGUGGUGACCGAACACUGCCCGUGGCUGUGUCAAAAGACUGAUUUAAUUUGUCAUUCAUUGUUUUAUCCUCUUCACUAUAGAUUUAGUUUGUUUUGUCAGACCUGGGAAACAUGUUGUUCACAGUCCAGUUCACUUUUUUUUUUCCUGAAAACUGCCUGUUUGUUUGUUGUUGUUUUUUCUAUAUAAAAUUUGUCUUUUAAUUCCUCUACCAGGUCGCACUAAGUCAUGUACAUUUCAAACUCCCAACUUCUGUUUGUAAAUAUGGUUGUUCUGGUUAGUUCUUUGCUUGAGAAGUCUUAUGUUUCUUAUUUGAUUAUGUACUAAAAAGGACAAAAAUAAAGUGUACUUCAUUUAGCAUUAUUUGAAGCCGAGACUGUGACUGAUAUUUUAUUGGUCUUGUGUUAUUAGAACAGUCAUAGACAGUUUCUAUCAAUAAUAAUUUCUAUACUUGUUUAAAAGUAGUUCAAAAAUCAUUGUACAUAAACCUCUCCACAGUUUUCUUUCUACCGUAAAAGUUGUAAAAUAAGUAACAUAUAUUAAAAACUGUAGGGAACUACA